AUGUCGUCUCUUAAUAUGAAUAAAAGUCAAGUAGAAGCUGAUUUUUUAAAAACAGUUAAAAGGAUUAUUGCUAAUCCGGCUGAUACUCGUCUACUUGAAGAAUUAAAUGCAAUUCGAAAUGAAGAAUUACCAUCAUCAAUUGUAGCAAAUGCUGAUCAAUCGAAUACUGAAGAAUCAUUAUUACACAUAUUUCGACAAGAAAAUAAUGAAGAAUUAGCUCAAAAGGAUUUAAAACCAACAUAUAAUGAAAAGAAAAAGAAAAAUUAG